AUGACGCGUAACAACCUCCGCCAACAGCUCUCCUGGUUACUACAAGACGCCUCCCGUACCCGGCCCCUCGGCCCUGAGCUACCUACUGCUUCAUCCAGCUUCGAUAGCCAGUCUACACUCAGCCAAGGCCAUUAUCCUUUGCCUAGGGCUCCCGAGUUUCAGCAACCUGUGCUGCCAACCCCAAGCACGGCACAGCCUUCUUUGCCGACGACAGCACCGCGCAUUUCGACUCCUGCUACAGAUGCCGCCGCCCGAUCGAUUCGACCACGACUCGGGAUCCCAAGAAACGGGGUCGAUGAGGCCAACGACGACAUCGAAAGCAUGGCGAGAUUGACAUCGGCAUCCAAGUCUAAAAAGCCGUCGCUGCUCAUAAGGGAGCAAGAGCAGCAGUCUCUGCCGACGCCGACCUCGACGACAAGCGUGCUGCCUCCUCUCCAACGCGCAUUUUCUCGACUGGUGGACAAGGACAACUCAAGGGCUGCCAAGGAGGAAUCACCAGCUACUCCUCGAGCCGCCCAUGGUGGUCGGAGUCCCGUCUUCUCUUCCGAUGUUAAUUUCGAUUGUUUGGACCAAGCCGGAGACCCGAUAGACCUCACCUCGGACGACUUUGAUAUCAGUUCAGCUCUGUUGGCUGAUGGUCUUCUGCGUAGUGAUGAUGGGCUAUCUAGCGAAAGUCAUCUGCCAACCAAGAGAAGCGCCAAGAAGAGAAAAAGCUCCGAGAUGAGCAAGGUCACGCCAGCACCCAAGAAGAAGGCUUUAUUCAUGGAUGAUGAAGAUGAGGACGAGUUCCCUGACAUUGGAACUCUUGCCAAGGCUACAUCACCGAUGACCAAACGACCUAACAAGUCCUUACCAAGCUCUCAAAAGACGCCCAGCAGGCCCCGCCCGGGCACAGCCUACGGUACCUCUAUAGUUCACGAACGCACCGUUACCGGAACAUUUCGCAGGACCGAUACCCUCCUCCAAAGUGGCGCUGAUGGCUUGGAUGGACUUCCUGAUUAUUCAGCCCCUACCGCGUUGACACAACCUCCCCAAGGUGUCUCUUCGACCACUAUCAAAACAACACCGAAUAGGAGCCAGGCGCAAACAUCAUCCCUGGCUGUUUCUUCAAAACACGAGUCGCCCAAUUCCAGUGAAGAUAACCCGAGGGGAAAACGGAGGAGGCGAUCCAAGGAUAGUCUAGUUAUCCAGGAUUCCGAGGAUGAUUUUAUGGAAGAUGACUUCGUGACGCCUCCCACAGAGCAUGUUUCAUACAUGACAUGCUUGAGCGGCCCAGAUUCUGGCGGAAAAGAAGGCUCAAGCACGCAGCGCCACGUUUCUUCGCAGCCAAGAAGCGGUCUUGCUUCACCCAAGGCCGAGCAUACUCCGUCCAAGAGGCCAAGAAUAGAUGACAUUCAGCAGCUUCAAGCCAAGGCAGACUCAAGGGUCUCCGAGGAGCCCGCUGCUCACAGCUCGGAUUCUGAUGGUAGCACAUUGGCUAUGGACCUCUUCCUCAGAAAUCCGGGCGUGAUUGAUAGGAAACGGAGAGGUAUACAGGCAGAGAUGAAGAAGCUGUCUGAGGACUACAGGCGAUCAUUUGUCGAGAACUGGCCCCAAGAGCGCAGACAGCAGGUCAAAGAGGCCCGCAAUAAACUUUCAGAAAAAUCAAAUAUUCUCAGCCUCCUCUAUUCCGAGUACGAAGCGCACAAGAUCAUUACCAAUCAGAAGCAGUCGCUCGAAAAUGAGCUGGUCGAGGCUUUCGAGAACGGCUUAGACACGACUGACGACGAGUUGCGCAUUAGCGGCAUGAUAGAAAAACUCCACGAGAAAGAGCAAAAUCUGCGUCGGAUGCUGGUCGAAACAGGCAUGAAUGAUAUCGCCUUGUAUGAAGAGGCCGAUGUCGAUAAUGCCCAGGAGCCUCAACCGGAGCCAUACCCACCAAAUCAGGUUGUCAAGGCUACGCAGCAUGCUCCGCAGGCUCCUCUGCCUCAACGUUCUCGCGAAUCAAGCCAAGUUUUAUUACAAACCUCCGACAAUAACCCAAAUAUUAUCCUUCAGACACAAUCGUCUUCAAGGCAGCAACAACAACCAGUAAUCAGUCGGAGCGAUGAGUUUGAAGAGAGGUUCCUCGUGCACCAACCUCCGCCUUUCCCUCGCACAACCAGGACACGGAACACUGUGCCUAGCCGCCCGAUGCUUUCCACGAGCACAAGAAAUGCAUCGCAAGAUCAGUUCAUGCAGGAUUUACUUGAGGACGAGGAGGAGGAGGAUGCAAUAAUGGAAUGGCGACAGGCGCAUGCUCCAGCGCGGCCUCAACCUCCAGCACCUGUUGCACAUCAACAGGCCACUCGAGGCGUGCAAGAAGAGGUUGACUAUUUUGACUGUGACGAAGACAGCUUAGUGAUGCUAGCGGAUCACAUUGAGAGGCAGUCUUCAAGCAGGGCUACCUCCACGCAAGCCAGUAGAGCGGCGCUGGCUGAAACGUCGGGAAAUACAGCCAUUGUACCGAGAGUCAGGAAAGAACCUCCAAAGAAGGACAAGAAAGCCAUUCCGAAAAGCUCGAUCCCGCGCGAGCUGAUGAGGCAUCCUUGGUCCAACGAGGUUCGGAAGGCGCUCAAAGAUCACUUCAGGAUGUCCGGGUUCCGGCAUAACCAACUGGAGGCAAUCAAUGCCACGCUGAGCGGCAAAGACGCUUUUGUGCUAAUGCCCACUGGUGGAGGCAAGUCCCUCUGCUAUCAGCUCCCUGCCGUCGUCAAUAACGGAGCUACGCGGGGUAUCACUAUCGUUGUCUCCCCGCUGCUCAGCUUGAUGCAGGACCAAGUCGAUCAUCUCCGGGACAUCAACAUUCAGGCAGCUCAGUUCAGUGGAGACAUUGACAAGACUCACAAGAACAUGAUACUAGACGCGCUAAACAAUAAGAACCCGGAGAACUUUCUCAAGCUUCUUUACGUCACUCCUGAGAUGAUCAGUAAGAGUGUAACCUUUACCAAUGCGCUGCAGCGCACUUACCGCAACAAGAAGCUGGCUCGGUUCGUCAUCGAUGAAGCACACUGUGUAAGCCAAUGGGGCCACGACUUCAGGCCAGACUACAAGGCCCUCGGCGAGUUCCGCCGCAUGUUCCCCAAUGUUCCUGUGAUGGCUCUGACGGCGACGGCGACUAAGAACGUGAUUGUCGACGUCAAGAGCAAUCUCGGAAUUGAUGGCUGCGAGGUCUUUUCGCAGAGCUUCAACAGGCCAAACCUCUACUACGAUGUGCGCCCCAAAGGGAAGAACCUCCUGCAGUCGAUCGCGGAGCUUAUCCAGGAAAGGCACGCCGACCAGACCGGCAUAAUCUACACGCUUUCUCGCAAGAGCUCGGAGAAUAUAGCUAAGAAACUUGUUCAAACCUACGGCAUCUCGGCGGAAGCUUACCACGCCGGCAUGGAGACGGAUAAGAAGACUGAUAUUCAGAGAAAAUGGCAAAAGGGGACGAUCAAGGUUGUCGUGGCUACCAUUGCGUUCGGCAUGGGAAUAGACAAGCCGGAUGUACGAUUUGUGAUUCACCAGUCGCUGCCAAAAAGUCUCGAAGGUUACUACCAAGAGACAGGGCGUGCUGGUCGAGACGGCGAGAAGUCUGACUGCUACCUAUACUUUGGCUAUGGAGACAUAUCCACGCUACGCAAGAUGAUCAAAGAGGGCGAGGGCAGCGAGCAGCAAAAGGAGCGUCAAGCAGAGAUGCUGAACCGUGUUAUUGAAUACUGUGAGAACAAACGAGACUGCCGCCGCGUCGAGAUACUGCGAUACUUUGGUGAGCGGUUUGACAAGAACGAGUGCGAUGCCAGCUGUGACAAUUGUCGCGAUGGCGGCGAGUUUUCCAUCGUGGAUUACACAGACGUGGCAGUGGCGGCGCUCAAGGUUAUUGGGCGAAAACGGCUCACCGCCAAGCAGUGCGCCGAUAUACUCCAGGGCAAGGGAGUUAAGAAGGACGAUCCAAAGCCUGACCACUAUGGCGUUGCCAAGUCACUGCAGCAGCAUGUUAUUCUGAGUAUUCUAUAUCGUCUACAGGCGGAAGACGCACUGGAGGAGCACCACAAGACCGUGAGAAGCAUCGGCGUUCCUAUCACGUACUAUGGUGCUGGGCUCAGGGCCAACGCCUUCCUAGACGGUCACCAGAGGCUCGAGCUGGUAACCCGCACAACCCGUAAUGGUACUCUGGAUACCGCAAACCCCACGAAGCGAACCAAAAAGACUGCCAAUCUCGAGGCAUCAAACCUGCCGCCAUCGACAAAUGUCUCUUCUCCUGUGAUGAACACCAGCAGAAAGUCCAAGAGCAAGCCGCUUGUGCUGGAUCAAGAUGAUGAGGAGUCGGACGAGGACAAGGCUGGUGCGGCACCAAGGCACCGGAACGGCUACGCGAAGGACAAUUUUGUGGUUUCUGAUGAUGACGACGACGACGAUGAUUACUUUGAAAAGAGCAUGCGAACCGUUCCGAAAUCCCGCCAACGAACCCUCGAAGAACUCAGUGGGCCGAUCCGUAGUAACGGUGGUGGAGAAGGAGCCAUAUCGCAACUGGACGAUGUACACCAGGACCUUCUGAUGCAGUUUGUCGAGGACGCCAAGCGUAUCGAGGAGCGCGUGCGCAAUAACAAUGGCCUGCGCAAGUUGCUAUUCACGGAGCAGCACCUACGCUCCAUGGCGGUCGAGUGGACAACUUCGCUCGACAAGAUGCGGCGGAUCUCGGGCAUCAACAAGGAAAACGUCACGCGUUAUGGUAACGAGCUGUUACCCACUCUGAUGAAGUACUACGAGUUCUAUCGCAACUCCAUGGGCGUCGGCGGCGGCGGCAACAUGGACGUUGUAGACCUAGUGAGCGAUGACGAUAAUCUGGACAUACAGCCCCGGCGAGUCCAGAAGGGCAAGGCAACGGCCGAAGAGAACUUUUUCACUAGCGAUGAGGAGUCUUCGGGCGAAGAUAAGGACGAAGAGGAAUCGAUCCAGGCUUCAUCAAAGUACUUCAACUCUAGCCGCGAGACUGAGGCCGAGCGUCAAGGCCGUGAGUGGAGAGAAAAAUACAAUGCUGUGCCAGUCACACACAACGAGUCCUCAUCCUCCAAAGCCAAGUCAGGGGCUGGGAGGGGAGGGAGGUCUAACUGGAGGGGAAAUGGCGGGAGGAAGACGUCGUAUGGAAGCCGGCGCACGUCGGGAGGUGGAGGAGGAGGCGGUGGCGUGAGCAAGCGUAAAGCUGCGACCGGCGGCAGCGGCGGGAGGAAGGGAAAUGGCGCCACAAGGGGUAGUACCAGUCGUUCUGGAAGUGGGAGUGGUGUUUUUGCCUCGAGGGCAAGGACGACUGCUUCUGGGGCCGGGAUUGGGCUCAUGCCACUUUGA